ACGAAAGACGAAAAACGAUGAACGGGAAUGUGCUUGUGUUUGUUGGGAACAUUGAAAAAAAGUGAAAGUGCUGUGCAUGUUGUGAACUUGGUGAACUUUGGUGAAUGAUGCUUGCAACAUCGGAUGGAAAUUGGCUUUUUUGAAUGGAUAUGAUUUGGUUGCGCGUGUCUUUUGUCUUCUCGUGUUUUUACUUAAUCGCAAUCUGGGGCCAUCUGCUCUGUGUAUGUCUGGUUUCUUCUGUCCAGCCCCUUCCUGGAGGAGGAUUCUUUGUUCCACUGUUGCGCAGAUCGUGCUCUGCCUACUGUUUUUGGUUUCAUGAUGGAUUCAUGAUUUACUUGCUUGUACUUAUGACGGUGUAUGUUACUCUACGGUACUGCUUCACCGGUGUAUUUGGGUACAUAUUAGAAAAAUGAUGUCUGUUGGGCGUGACCUUGGACUGAAGGAGGGUUAAGCUCCG